GCCGGCCAGUCUUUUUAUCUUUCUUUCUUAGAGCCCCGUUAUAUAAUUCCGCAUUCCUCACGCAAUUGCUAAUGACCACCCCAACAAUACCUUUUUGGGAACCAGACUGGAAGCGGGUGCAGGCCCCUUUGGUGGCACUUCGCCGUCAACUAGCCUCAUUCCCUUCACCUCCGUUGCGCAUUAUGAAAGUCAGCCAACUAGAUGCUGACCUUCUUGACGAUGAGUUGCUUGAGACCAUGAAAGAGCAACUCUGGAGUGCAUUCUCACUUUUUAAGCCAACGUUCAAGGAUAAAUUCAAGCCGGAACUAGCUUUGGUGCUAAACUUGGUUAUGUAUAAGUUCUCUGUCUAUGACAUGGGGGCAACCUAUGGGUCCCAGCUGCAGAAUCUUGCAUAUAGAAAUGAGCGCAAGCAUCGCGGAGGAUUACAAUCCACUGCAAUCGAUACCCCCCUUACCAAGGCACAAAAGAUUGCUUAUGGAGUUUUCACCGUUGGAGGACAGUACGUCAUGGAGCGACUGAACCGCGUUGUGACGGAGCAAGGAUGGGGCGAAUUACAAGAGGACAACAUCAGGAGGAAAGCAUGGAAUUUGCUACAAAAGGGCACCAGUGUGUUCAGAACAGUAUCUCUACUUAAUUUUUUAGCGUUUCUGUAUGCCGGGAAGUAUCGCUCGGUGCUGGAGCGGGUUCUCGCAAUGCGACUCGUCUAUGCAGACCGCAACUCAAACCGGCAGGCCAGCUUUGAAUUUCUUAAUCGCCAGAUGGUUUGGCAUGCAUUCACAGUAAGCAAUAGGAAAAUGAAUCAAUGAUCUAUUCAACCGUAAUUCGUCGAAGCGGACAAAGCU